UUAGUUACAUGAAGACAAAACAAUCAAGAAAUGGCAGCACUGAACCCCACCAACCAGCAACAAGGUGACAAGAGAAUAAUAGGAUUCGAUUGUGAGUUUGUGAAGCCACCACCUUCGGAAUACGUCCAGUCACAGUGUCCAGUUUGUCUCCAGAUUAUUCGAGAGCCCCACCAGGUCACAUGCUGUGGAAAGAAGUUUUGCAAAGCUUGUAUUGAACACAUCAAAACAAUUAAAAAGCCGUGCCCAACUUGCAAUGAACAGGAGUUUUCAAAUUUCCCAGACAAAGGUUUGAAACAAUCGCUCUACAGUUUGAAAGUUCACUGUAGCCACCAUAAAGACGGGUGUGAGUGGACGGGGGAACUGAGACAGCUUGACAAACACCUCAACACAGAUCCAGAGCCAGAGAAACAACUCGAUGUAUGUCAGUUUGUUGAGAUCGAUUGCAUCUAUAAUUGUGGGAAUCAUCAGCAGCGAAGGUACAUUCAAAACCACCAAAUUAAGGAUUGCCCCAAACGUCCAUUCGGUUGUGAGCACUGCCAUGAUUACAAGUCUACCUAUGAUGAUGUCACCAACAACCACCACUGGCCUGUGUGUGGGUCCUUCCCUGUCCCCUGCCCUAACCAGUGUGGUUCAACUAUCCAUCGUCAGAUUAUAGACAGCCAUGUUGCCGAUGAGUGCCCCCUGACCACCAUCAACUGUGACUUCCACCACGUAGGUUGUGCUGUGAGACUCCCUCGACAAGACAUGCCAGAACACCAGAGAGAGAACCUAUUCACACACAUCUCUUUAUUAGCCACCAGUCAUGCCAAGCAACAAGACAAAAUCAACAGACUGGAAGCUGAGAACAAUACUUUAAAGAGCAAACAAGAACACUUAGAACAGAAUUAUCAAUCUCUGAAAGCUGAAAAUAGAAUUCUUAAUACUGAAUUGGAACCAGUGCAACAACUACUCAAGACUGCACCUCCCAUUGUGAACGCUAGACCUCUUGGUCCACUGGAGCCCCCUGUCCUUACAAUGACCAACUUUCAACAGCGCAGGAGAGAUUACGAUCAAUGGUACUCCCCUCCAGUCUACACCCACUAUCAGGGCUACAAGAUCUGUCUCAGAGUGGACGCUAACGGCUCAAACUUUGGUAAAGGAACAUACGUCUCUGUGUACGUGUUCUUCAUGAGAGGAGAGUUUGAUGAUUCUCUGAAAUGGCCGUUUCACGGUGCGAUUUCAGUGCAACUACUGGACCAGGUGAACGGCAAGGAUCAUAAAACAUACACAACACCUAAUGGGAGCUGUGCCAGAGUGACAAAGGGAGAGAGAUCAACAGGGGCAUGGGAAUAUUCAAGAUUCAUUGCUCACACUAAACUGGAGCCCAAGUAUUUACGAAACGACACCCUUCUCUUCCAAAUAAACAAAGUAGAACUGAAGUAGGUUGCUUUAAGAGUGAUAAUUAUAGACACAAACAAACAGUCCUAUAAUUAUAAUUAUUGUGCAAGGCAUUAUUUUAAUUAUUAUAUGUGAACUGGGUUUUACUGUUUUAACUUUUAUAUUAUAGGACACUCU